CUUCUAUAUACUUAAAACAAAAUUAUCGCAAUGAAGAAAAAUGACAUAAACAAUUCAUCCAUCAUCCUCCGCUUCAAAAGUUUUCUCUGUGAAAAUUUGGUGCUCGCGAGAGGGGGUUGCGCUUCCGUCUUCCGCCGAGGUCCGGCGGACUGCGUGACAGGGACUUUGUUGGUCAAGCAUAGAAGAACCUUGCCAAGGGAGAGUUCUUGCUGGAGUCUUAUAGGUUAAAUCAUCGCAAGCACUGAACUCCAUAAUCUCUUUUGCAAUGACUCAUGAUGAUUUGGGUAUUGAUGGAUUGAAUUUAAGCGACUCCUGCAACUCGGCCCCAAUCUCCGAGGACACUCAACAAGGUGUUUCCGAGAAUGACAGUGGCAUUCAGAUCACAUGCUUCAGUGAAGUUGUCAACGAUUCAACUCUUCAUUUUCAAAUAAUCCGCCUCCAAAAGCAGAUCUAUGCAUGGAUAGGUUGUAACUCUUUGAAGCUGGGACGUCUCUAUGCAGCUGCAUCUACGCGACCUGCCAACCUUGUUAGUGUGACUUCUAUACUCGGCGGAGCUUCUGAUAAUACAGGGUCUGGGAUUGCUAGAAGAUCAGUCGUAAAGACGGGUCUCAACAUCAUCCUUGCUUGCAAUAUCCCGAAAAAUAACCCCAUGCUCGAGGCAGAUGCUGAGAGACUAUUGAUACAGAAGCUAGUCAGCCUGGGGUACAGAAGGCCUAAACCUGACGGGUCGUCUGUGUGAUGAUGUAUUUACUUGCUGUUGCUCAUUCAAUUUCAGUGGGGAUCGCACCGUGAGUGAAGUCUUUUUUUCUCCUUUUGUCUAGUUCUCUGGGGAAGUGCAUACUCCAGCUUUUGUUUCUUAGUUAUGGAUGCCACUUAAAUUACAAAUUCUUCCUCAUGAUUGGAGCAAUAGCACAUACUAUAUUUACACUUGUAUGUUUCCAAGGUUUUCCCUGCAUUGUUGUGCUCAAAAGUGAGACUACUCAUCAUCAUACAAGCUUCUUAA